UAGAACUAAGUUUACUAAUGGCGACCAGGUGCCCUGCUUGUUAAGUAGAAACAAUGCAUAAACGAUUUAAUUUUAUUUAGAGCAAACGUUUCUGUGGGUCAAAAAAGACGUUUGCAUAUACAAAAUUGCAUAGAUAUGUCAAAAAUAGCGAAAAACAGAGUUAAAAGUGCUUGGACCCCAUUAACAGAUGAAGAUAUUAAUAACAAAUUAUUUGAAGAAAGGAAGUCCCUAAUAAAUAAAUGGUUUGAAAAAUGGUCAGACGAGCAACGAUCUCUUAUGCUUUUAUCAAUGGUGAAAGGAUGCAGCCCCAAGCAACUUCAGUUUGUUAAACAGUGUAUUGAUGAACAUCUACCUGUUUGUCAAGAGGACUUUACUCGUGUUUUACCUCGUGUCCUUAGUCUCUUCAUCUUCUCCUAUCUUGACCCACGAAGCCUCUGUAGAUGUUCUCAAGUUUGCUGGUUUUGGAAUCAACUAUGUGAGAUGGACCAGUUAUGGCUGCCUAAGUGCGUACGCUUUGGGUGGUAUUUACCUCAGUUACCAAGUCCAUUUGAAUGUUCUUCAUGGAAAAGACUUUAUGUUGAUAAAAUCCAGAGUCUAAGAUUAUUCAAUACAAAAGAACUUGUAACUCUCGAUCAAGAAUUAGAAAAAUUUAACUUGGAGAAAAAACAAAAAGAAUUACUCAAAACAAAAAAAUCACUUUCCAAAAAUGGGCAAAAACCAUGGAAAAGAGCAGAUCUACAUCCCAAGGAUCUGAUUCGUUACAACUACUUGGAAAAUAACGAAUUUUAUACUAAAGGAUGCACAGAAGACUUUUACAAAAAGAUCUCAAGACCUAACAAAUCUGCCAGCAGCAAACAAUUGCUUAAUUCGGCCUACACCAUCAGAUACCACUUAAACAAAAAACCCAUUUUGAAGUUGAAACAAACUGAUGAGUUAAUGCUGAACCUCAAUACAGAUUAUAACACCAGCAGAUUACAAACAACAACACCAGCUUUUCAAAACUAUAUUGAUGCAUUACAAAUAUCAGAGGAACCAAUCACAACUACCAUAACUCUCAGUCAAUCAAAAUGUGUGAGCCCUGUACAGAAAAACCAAGACACAUUAUCCAAUUCUCUAUUUCCUUCACAACCAUGGAAACUAGCCACUGACCAAACAGAUUCGGAUUCUUAAAAACAAAGCACAGUACAUUGGAUUCUUCCACAGAGUCCAAAUAAUAAUAAAAGUUUUGGAAAAUAGAU